GGUGAAUUCCCUACCUGAACAAUACCUUCGCCCUCCAUAAGAACCAAUUCCAUGGUUGGGGUCAAACAGUCUACUUUGUGACUCAUCCUCGACUUUUCUCCAUCUUACAAGAAGCAAUCCACAAUGUCCACUUCAGACCGAACCAGCUACACCCCUCGUGACACCGUCACCCAUCUCUGGCAGGGCCUCCAUCUCCCUCCAGACACUCUCGACUCGCUCUGCAUUGUCGAAUCUUCUCAGCUCGGUCUCCCCUCCUCCUAUAAAGUCGGCCACCUCGCGCAAGCCUCUAUUGCGCUCUCUGCUCUGCUGGCAUCCCAGAUCCACAGCCUUCGCAACACCAUCCCACCCCCCAAAGUCACCGUGCCCCCCGACCAUGCCUGCAUCGAGUUCAAGUGUGAACGUCUCUACACGCUGAACGGGGCUCCGGCUCCCUCAGCCUGGGGCCCUAUUGGCGGCCUCCACCAAACGUCCGACGGCUACGUGCGCGUCCACGAUAACUUUCCCAACCACCGCGAGGGCACAAAAUCCCUCCUUGGCUGCUCUCCAACCGCAACCCGGGAGGAAGUCGCCUCCAAGAUCUCUGCCUGGCGUUCCGUCGACCUCGAAUCUACUGCCGUCGACAACAACCUCGUCAUCGCCGCUCUCCGCACCUACGAGCAAUGGGAUGUCCUUCCCCAAGCCAAAGCCAUCGCGGACUUUCCCAUCCUACUCCGCAAGAUCGGCGACGCCCCCGCCGGUCUGCCAGCCCGGAUCGGUCCACACGCAGAUAAAUGUCUGCGGGGCCUCCGUGUCCUUGAAUUGUCGCGGGUCAUUGCGGCCCCGCUAUGCGGGAAGACGCUCGCUGCACACGGAGCCGAUGUGCUUUGGGUGACGAGUCCUUAUCUGCCCGACCUGCCGGAUCUCGAUCGGGAAUUCGGCUGCGGCAAGAGGACCAUCCAAUUCGAUCUUAAUGAAGAGAAGGAUUCAGCGGAGCUGUUCACCCUGCUCAACGACGCAGACGUCUUUAUCCAGGGCUACAGACCAGGGAGUCUGGCCUCUCGCGGUCUCUCCCCAGAAGAAAUAGUCAAGAGACGUCCCAACCGUGGGAUCAUCUGCGCAAACAUGUCCGCGUAUGGUCCCAAUGGCCCAUGGUCAACCCGACGAGGCUUCGAUUCACUUGUCCAAACCUGCUCCGGCAUGAACGUCUCAGAGGCCGAACACUUCGGGGCUGGAGAGGCUGCCCGUGCUCUUCCCUGCCAGGCGCUCGAUCAUGCAGGCGGCUACUUCCUUGCGUCCGGGAUCAUGGCGGCACUGUAUAAGCAAGCCACCGAAGGGGGAUCCUGGCAAGUGAAUGUCUCGCUAGCGGGGGUGAUGAAAUACCUGCGCUCUUUGGGCCAAUACGAGGGCACGACGGGAUUCCAAGGCGCCCCAGACUACAUUCGCCCUCAAGACGUCCCGACCGACUAUUUAGAAACCCGAGAGACGGGGUUCGGUGAGAUGACUACCAUCCGUCACGCCGCGAGUAUUGAAGGGGUCAACAUCGGAUGCGACAUCAUGCCCAAACCACUUGGAUCGGACGAAAAGCGGUGGCUGGACUAAUAGCGGUGAUGUGACGCUGCAAUCUACCCCGCAUCGUGAGAGCAGAGAUGGACACAAAGAAAAAGCACGCAUGCAGUGCCGCCUGCACCUCAACAAAGCAAAUAUGCCACCCAAUAACACCCCUCCACGACCGCCCGGUUCUCAAUUUUGAUGCUGGGCUCGGCAGCAUUGCUGACAAGAAUGCCCAAGAUUUGCUUUUGGGGCCUGCAGGCGCAUCCAUCUGACUGAGAUCCGAUCA